AUGCCUGGAAAUAAUCCUGCUACCACAAAAGAUAACAAUGAUAGUCCAACAAACAUUCUAGAAUCACCGAGUAUCGAGACUGUUGCAAAGCUCAUUAAAGAAAAUAAAGCAAAAAAAUUGAUUAUAAUGGCCGGUGCAGGGAUAUCGACAUCUGCUGGUAUACCCGAUUUUCGUUCACCUGGUACCGGCCUAUACGAUAAUCUUCAAAAGUAUGAUCUACCAUAUCCAGAAGCCAUUUUUGACGUGGGUUAUUUUCAGGAAAAACCCGAACCAUUUUUCGAAUUGGCUAAAGAACUUUAUCCAGGCAAAUUCUUUCCUACUUUAACCCAUUACUUUAUUAAACUCUUGCAUCAACGCGAAAUCCUUCUUCGCUGUUUCACACAAAAUAUCGAUACAUUGGAACGUCUCGCCGGUCUAUCAGAUGAUAUUUUAGUGGAAGCGCACGGAUCAUUUGCCACGUCAAAAUGCCUAAAUUGUCGUAAAACAGCAGAUCCCAAGUGGAUGAGGGAAGCUGUACUCGACGGAACCAUACCACGUUGUCAACAUUGCCAUAAUAAUGGUAUAGUUAAACCUUGUAUCACAUUUUUUGGCGAGUCUUUACCAAAAACGUUCUUUCAACGUAUACCAGAUUUCAAAGAAUGUGACCUUCUUAUUGUACUUGGUACUUCCCUGCAAGUACAACCGUUUGCGAGUUUAAUAGAUAGUGUGCCUGAGACAACGCCAAGAUUGCUUAUUAAUCGGGAAGCUGUUGGCGUGUACGGGAUUUCAGGUUACGGAUUCGACUUUGAAGGAAAGUAUCAGAAUUAUAGACGUGACGCGUUCUUUGCAGGUGCAUGUGACGAAGGUGUACGAUUAUUGGCAAAGCUUUGUGGAUGGGAGAGUGAACUUGAUCAAUUAUACGCCGAAGGCCACAAACAAUUAACAGAAAAAUAUAAAGUGGUUCCUUCAGCUCUUUUAGUUCCCGAGAAUCUUGUUGCCGCUGAACCCACUAAAUCAGUUGAAGAGGUGGAUUCUUUGGCUGCAUUGCUAGAACAAGCAACCAUUAGUAGUACUAAAGAUGAGAAUCAGGAUGAUAAACAAGCUGAUAUAGAAAUCAAAUUGAAUCAGGUCACUAGGGAUGAAAUUGUCAAUUCUGAAAAUUCUGUUUCUACAUCCGUCAAAGAAGAACAGGAUGCUAUUGUUGUUCAAGUGCAGGGGGUGACUAGCGAGCAAUCUAGCACAAAUGAUAAGGUCAACGUCACUAUAUCCACGAAUAGUUCUAACAACAUCACAACAAAUAAUACGACGACGACUACUUCAAGUGUUGCUUCAAGUAAAGACGCAGCUUUAUAG